AUGACAGAUAUUACUACUAGCAAACGAAGCGAAACUGUAAGCUCUGAGUCUGUUGCAGCACCACAAGACCUGAUCGAUGAACUCCCUGAGUCUUUAUUGGUUGAAAUCCUUUGUCGACUUCCACGCAACACUAUUAUUCAAUGCAAAAGUGUCUCCAAAUAUUGGUCGACUCUCAUCUCUCAACCUUGUUUCCAUGCCUACUUUUUAAGCCUCCAAAAACGAAGUCCCCCUUUGGAAAGUAUGCUUCUGUUUGUCCAUACCGCUGCACAUGAAAUAGAGUUAUUCACAUUUCCACGGGAGCAGAUCAGGGUGUCGAAAACACACAAAUCCCAUCAGACAUACAAGGUUUGGGCAGGGACUUGCAAUGACCUAGUUUUGCAUUGCGCAACUCCGACGUUUCAGAGGUACUGCUAUUACAUCAGCAAUUCAUACACCAAGCAUUGUGUUACUCUUCCUCCCGCCCCUCAAUGCCACCAAGCCCAUGUACUCGUGGGGCUCAUAUGCGAUUCCUACCAUAGGUGCAAGGUUGUGCGAAUUCUCGAAUGUGAGAAAGAAUCUGCAUUAUUCAAGGUGGAGAUCUUCUCUUCCGAAACCUAUGAAUGGACACAAGCAGUAGUUCCAUUCCCGCAAGACCUUACAUAUGAUGAUUUUAGAAGCAGUGUCGACAAUGUAGCCAUUGCUUGCAAUGGAACAUUGUACUGGUUAGUCUCCAAUGGCCUUGUUAUUGCUUUGGACCCUUCCGAGUGUGACAACAUAUGCAGUUUUAUAUCCAAGCCUGAUGUAGCAGCAGGCUUGUCUGCUUCUUCGUCAUGCGAGCAGUGCCUCACUGUUUCCGGGGGGCGUCUUCGUCUAUGCCAGUUCUAUAAUGAACUUCCAUGUCCUAUUUUUUAUGUGUGGGACUUGAAAGAAAAUGUUCAUGAGGUGGAUGGAGUUGGAGGGAAAAAGGUGCAAUGGUGUUUGAAAGAGAAGAUUGUCCUGGACAAAUUCAUGGCGAGGAUGUAUUGGAAGCCUUUGGCUUUGGACCCAAAUGAUGAAGAUAUAUUGUAUACACUGCUUUAUUAUCCUCGCAAAAAUUCCGAAGAUUCACUUCUCUGCAAGCAGAAUAUUCGAAAGUUUGCAUUAGUGUUUCCCAUGCUCUGCAAACGUAUGCCAGUGCAGAACCGGAUAGAAGCUUUUCCAAUUGUGAUGCCAAGGCAGCGGUUGCCGACACCAGUUCCUAGAGUGGAUAUUUACCAAGAGAAGAUAUGCGACUCUUUGCGCUUUGGGGAGAAAAAUGGAAGUCCCAUUUGA